AUGGAAUUUCAGCUUCAAUUCGAAAAGCUCAGGGAUCACAUGGUAGAAGAGAUGGCCAAAAUGACGGCCCGGUUGACCGAAGAACUGUCGCAAGCGCGAGAGCAACUCACCCAAGCCCGCCGCGAGCUCGAGGACACCAGACUGCAGCUCCACACCAUGAACCAGGCUCAGGAAGCCCCUCUUGCUCGGCCGGCGUAUGCGGAUGUCGCCCGAUGUACACCUCCUACCAGCGGUCCUAGUCUGGCAUCCUCCGCAAGCCGGACGGCUACGCCAGAGCCAGCGUUCUGCACGGUAGACAUGACCAGGGUACCGGAGGAACACAUCGAAGAGGCUACACCAGUGGCUCUUCGCAAACUCAUCGAGAACGAGAUGCGAGCGCCGGGAGACCAACCCAAAUGGCGUUGUCUUGCCGUUACCAGAGACAGAGGAAACAUCAACCGCCUUAGGAUCGUUGGCAGGAACGAAGCGGAAGUAAAGAGAAUCAAGGACAUCAUCGAAGCGAAGAAGGCGCCGGGUGCACACGUCCUACGUGACCAGCUGUACCCAGUCAAAAUUGACAACGUCAACCGUACGGCCGUUCUCGACCCUGAAGGCAAAGUACUCCCCGGAGCGGCGGAAACCCUGGGCCGAGAGAACGACGUGCAGAUCGCCAAGUUGGCUUGGUUGAGCCGGAAGGACACUGCGAAAGCGUAUGGAUCGAUGGUGGUAUAUAUCACCAAAGCCGGCGAUGCUAAGAGGCUCAUCAAUGAGGGUUUCUUCCACGCGAGAGGCGAAUCGGGAUACACGGGAAUCUUCGAACGUCGGGCGCGGCCGAACCAAUGCUACAACUGCCAGCAGAUUGGCCACAAAGCUUUCCAGUGCAGGAACCCUCAAGUGUGUGGAAUGUGCGCUACAAGAAUUGCCGGAAGCUCUAUCCAUCUCGUCAUGAAUAGGACGUUUCAGGUCAUCCAAUUGAACGUCAGAAAGCAAGGGGAGGUGCAUGAUAGUUUGAUGAACGACGUGGCAAUCCAGGACGCUGCCGUCAUAGCCAUUCAGGAACCCCAGGCGCGGAGGAUCCAAGGACGGCUCCUGACGACCCCUAUGGAGCAUCACAAAUGGACCAAGAUGAUCCCGUGCACGUUGAAGGAAGGUAGAUGGGCUAUCCGGAGCAUGCUCUGGGUGAACAAAAUCGUGGAAGCCGAGCAGGUGGCAGUGGACUCCCCGGACAUCACGGCAGCAGUCAUACGGCUCCCGGAGCGCGUAGUCCUGGUCGCGUCCGUCUACGUACCGUGUGGGGACGGCGAGGCACUAAAAGACACCUGCGAGAACCUCCGCAGGGUGGUAGCAAAGGCGAAACGGGGCGUAGGAACGACUGUCGAUAUAGUGGUUGCAGGUGAUUUCAACUGCCACGACCAAAUGUGGGGAGGAGACGACGUCUCAUCCGUGAGACAAGGGGAAGCCGACCCCAUCAUCGACCUCAUGAACGAGCUGACUCUAAGCACUCUACUCCCAAGGGGCACAAUAACAUGGCAAGCAGGUGGAUACGGUUCGACUAUCGACCUGGUCCUGGCCUCGGAGGAACUGGCAGAAGCCGUGAUCAGAUGUGGAGUCCAUAGAACGGAACACGGUUCAGAUCACCGCGCGAUUGAAACAGUCUUCGAUAUUGAGGUACCUGUGCCGACGCACCACGACCGACUGCUUCUCAAGAACGCGCCAUGGAAAGACAUCAGAGCCAAAAUUGCAAAUACACUAGGGGACACCCCAGCGGAGGGGACAGUCCAGCAGAGAACGGACCGCCUGAUGUCCACUGUCUCAGGCGCGGUUCAUUCCCUCACUCCCAAAGCCCGGCCAUCGCCAUACGCAAAGCGAUGGUGGACUACGGACCUGACGCAGCUACGUCACAUCUACACGCACUGGAGGAACCGCGCUCGCUCGGAACGCCGGGCAGGUUGGACCACAGCCGAGAUUGAGGAAUUGGCAAAGGGUGCAGCAAAACAGUACCACGAUGCCAUCCGGCAGCAGAAGAAGAAGCACUGGGCCGAGUUCCUUGCGGACAACGACAACAUUUGGAAGGCUGCAAAGUAUCUAAAAUCCGGAGAUGAUACCACGUUUGGAAGGAUCCCGCAACUUGUUAGAGCAGAUGGUACAUCCACGGCCGAUCAUAGAGAACAGGCCGAAGAGCUCCUAACAAGAUUCUUCCCGGCCUUGCCCGAUACGAUCGACGAUGAAGGUCCAAGACCACAGAGGGCACCCAUCAUGACGCCUAUCCUUACGAUGGAGGAAGUCGAACGACAGCUGUUCGCAACGAAGUCCUGGAAGGCACCAGGGGAGGACGGUUUGCCGGCAGUGGUGUGGAAGGAAGUCUGGCAGGUGGUCAAGCACCAUGUACUGGCGCUCUUCCGUGCCUCACUGGAGGACGGGGCCCUUCCCAGCCAGUGGCGACAUGCUAAUAUCAUCCCGCUCAAGAAACCGGGCAAAAAGGACUACACCAUCGCAAAGGCGUGGAGACCAAUCUCCCUCCUAGCAACGCUGGGCAAAGUGCUAGAGUCGGUGAUCGCGGAACGGCUGUCCCACGCCGUGGAGACCUACGGCCUCCUGCCCACCAACCACUUCGGCGCGCGGAAGCAGCGAUCAGCAGAGCAGGCGCUGGUAUUUCUACAGGAGCAGAUCUACACGGCCUGGAGAGGACGGAAGAUUGUCAGCCUCAUUAGCUUCGAUGUCAAGGGAGCCUAUAACGGAGUCUGCAAGGAACGGCUGGUCCAGAGGAUGAGGGCACGUGGUAUCCCGGAAGAGCUGUGCCGAUGGACAGAAGCUUUCUGUUCUGACCGUACGGCCUCUAUCCAGGUCAACGGGCAUGCUGCGGAACGACGGGACCUCCCACAGGCUGGCCUGCCCCAAGGCUCGCCCCUCUCCCCUAUCUUGUUCCUCUUUUUCAACGCGGAUCUGGUCCAGCGAAAGAUCGAUAGCAACGGUGGUGCAAUAGCCUUUGUCGAUGACUUUACCGCCUGGGUCACAGGACCGACGGCACAAAGCACACGCAAGGGCAUCGAAGCAAUCAUCGACCAAGCACUAGACUGGGAAAAGAGAAGCGGAGCGACAUUUGAAGCAGACAAGACAGCCGUCAUCCACUUUACCCGCAAGGCCUAUAAAGCCAACUCGGAGCCCUUUACGAUCAAGGGUCAAGAUGUUCAGCCGAAAGACCACGUUAAGAUCCUUGGAGUGGUCAUGGAUGCCAAGCUCAGGUACAAGGAGCAUAUCGCAAGAGCGGCCUCCAAAGGGCUCAGCGCGGCGAUGGAGCUGAAACGGCUCAGUGGUCUAUCCCCGGCUACGGCGCGGCAGCUGUUCACCGCCAUGGUCGCGCCAGUGGUGGACUACGCCUCCAGCGUCUGGAUGCACCAAUGCAAUUGGAAGACCGCGCCGGCCAUACACAGGGUGCAGAGGGUCGCGGCGCGAGGGAUCAUAGGAACGUUCAGCACGGUAGCAACACGCGUAGCAGAAGCAGAAGCUCACACCCCCAUGGCUCAAGAUCGAUUCUGGAAGAGGGCGAUCAAGAUGUGGACGGACAUCCACACCCUACCAGAGACGAAUCCACUCCGCAACGCCACUUCCCGGAUGCGCAAGUUCCGGGGAUCUUACCGCUCGCCUUUCUUUCAGGUAGCAGAUCUCCUCAAGGACGUCCCAUUGGACAGCCUCGAAACCAUCGCUCCCGUCGUAUUAGCGCCAUGGGAGAGGCGAGUCCGCACUACGGUUGACGGAGCGGGCAUCCAGCAAAAAGAGACAGAGUGGGCGGUCCGGAUCGCCGUAAGCAGCUCCGCACGAAACAACAUGGUCGGGAUCGGAGGAGUCGUCCGCCUCCCGCUGCCGAUGCGAGAGGGCUCAAGGAACGAAGCCUUUAGUGUGACGCUGGGCUCCAGGUCGGAGCAAAACCCGUUCUCAGGCGAGCUUGCGGCUAUUGGGUACGCGUUGAGGUGGAUUCGAAAUAUCAGGUACCGAAAGAUCAUCCUUGCCACCAGCAACAAGGCAGCCGUGAUGGCCCUUGGAGCGACCACACCAGCAAUCAGGACAACAAUAUCUCUGUCAGGCGUACGAUGCGAUAAGUGCCUUACGCAAGGCGGGAAACACGAUCUCGGUCGUCUGGAUCCAAGCGGGUACCAAAAACGAGCUCCUGAACACAGCCAAAGCGAAAGCAAAGGAAGCAACACGGCAGGACGCUACGCCACAAACGCAGGAUCCUGCCAUGCGGUCAACAGCCCUCCGUAUCGCAUGGGCAAAGCGGGCACCGCCCACGUCCUUACCUGA